CUUCUCUCUAAGCUCUCUCCUCUCUCUCUCUCUCUCUCUCCCCCUCCCCCCCCCUCCCUUCCCUCGUCUUCCGCCGAGUGCGCCUCUCUUAUCCUUGAAAUAGAACGAGAAAAAACGAGAACACUUUGCUCAGCAAACUGGCGAUCGAUCACGAAUCCCCCUUCAAGGAGCUCAAAAUCAAGAAUAGAAGGGUCAUGGGAGCAGGAGGUCCGGACGACGACAACCGGUGGCCGCCAUGGCUCCGGCCGCUGCUGUCGACCAGCUUUUUUGUGCAAUGCAAACUCCAUGCCGAUUCGCACAAGAGCGAGUGCAACAUGUACUGCCUCGACUGCAUGAAUGGCGCCCUCUGCUCGCUCUGUCUCGCCUGCCAUCGCGACCACCGCGCCAUUCAGAUAAGGAGGUCAUCCUACCAUGAUGUUAUCAGAGUGUCGGAGAUACAGAAGGUGCUGGACAUCAGCGGCGUCCAGACUUAUAUCAUCAACAGCGCCCGCGUGGUGUUCCUCAACGAGCGCCCCCAGCCGAGGCCCGGCAAAGGCGUCACCAACACCUGCGAGGUCUGCGACCGGAGCCUCCUCGACUCCUUCCGCUUCUGCUCCCUCGGCUGCAAGAUUGUCGGGACCUCCAACGAUCACAGCAAGAAGAAGAGGAAGAGAAAGAAAGCAGCGGCCUCGUCGGCCUCCGACUCCGAGGAGUCGUACACCAGCACCAGCCGCGGGAGCGAGAAGAGCAAUGCAGUACAGAGCUUCACCCCGUCGACCCCGCCGCCGACCGUCCUCAGCUACCGGACCGCCAAGAGGCGAAAGGGCAUUCCCCACAGGGCCCCCUUUAGCAGCCUCAUCUUGGAGUUCUAGACUGCUCCGAUGCUACCGCAGGAUGCAUACCAGUAUAGACGUAAUAUAUACGUAUAUAUAAGAGAAGAUAAGAACCACCAACCCAACUCUCUCUUGAUGUCAUAUAGUUCAUAGCUACAUGGGGAUCAUCCACGGCACUCUGCGCUUCCUGACGAGAGGCCGGUGCUGGGAACUCACAUCGAUUCACAGAGAAACAGAAGGGCAGAUGGAAAAAGGACCUCAGACAGCUCAUAGUUUAAUUAGGCUUGGAAGUGUAGCUAAAGACCGUAGUGAAACAGAUGUUAUCAUAGGUUCUGGUGUUUUAGAUGAUAUAAAUGGUGGUAUGCGUUUACUACUCUCCUUAUACCUAAGUUUUGUGAUAAUAUGUUGGUUUAGCCUUUGUUAAAUGUAAAUAUCAAGGAAGACAGAAGAAUGUUAGAGAGAGAGAGAGAGGGAGAGAGUUUGUUGUAGCGAGGGAAAGGAGACAACGUCUGUAAGAUGGGGAAUGUAAUAAAAUGCUCCUUGUUUUCUUCA